AAACCUAUAUAGCAUACUACUAUAACCUCCUGUGUUUAGUUCUUCGUUGGAGCCAUAGAACAAAACAUAUAAAAAUGACAAGAAAAGCUUCUUCGACCUCUUCUUCUAUCAUCAUAUGCAGCUUGUUGAUGAUUUGGAUUGCCAUGGUUUCACCUGUACUCUCUGUCGGCUCAAAUGGAAAACCUCUCAAGCCUGGGGUGCCCUGUUCUCGUUCUCGGUAUGGUAGCUGCAUCCCAGUCAAACCUAAACCCUGUUCUCGUCCGUUUAUUAGAUGCAGGCCUACGCCUCCGGCCCCUGUUGCACCUCCAGCUCCAGUUCAGCCUACGCCUCCAGCCCCUGUUGCACCUCCAGCUCCAGUUAAGCCUACGCCUCCGGCCCCUGUUGCACCUCCAUUUCCAGUUACACCUACGCCUCCGGCCCCUGUUGCACCUCAGCCUCCCCGAAGGUGUGGAAGGUAUAAGCGUUGCAGGCCUCCAAUCGCUGGUAAACCAUAAAACUGAAACAAGCGAAGCAGCUGCUAAUUAAGCAUGUUUGUGGUGGGAAUAUUAGUGGUUUGUCAUCUAUUAUUGAGAUGUGACAGUGUGUAUUAUGCAUGGUUUGUGGUGGGAAUAUUAGUGGCUUGUGAUCUAUUAUUGAGAUGUGAGUGUGUAUUAUGCAUGGUUUGGUUUUAUACAUUUAGCCAAGCUAAUAAUAAUGUGUCCAAUGUAUGUGACUGUUUUUCAACUCAAUUUGAAUUUUCCUUUUACUUCU